AGCGGGCAAGCCUAGAGGAAGCUGCAGAGACGGGGCACAGACACCGCUGGGCCCCAUGGCUGAGGAGGCCCCAAAGGAGAAAGGGCUGGCGGACACGUCUUCUCCCCAGGAUGACUUGGGCCUCCAGGACAGUGUGUUCUCCUCUGAAAGAGACAACAGCCUGUACUUCACCUACAGUGGCCAGUCCAACACCUUGGAGGUCCGAGAUCUCAGCUACCAGGUGGACAUGGCCUCCCAGGUGCCUUGGUUUAAGCAGCUGUCCCACUUGAGGAUGCCCUGGACAUCUCACAAGGACUCUUGUGAUCUAGGCAUUCAGAACCUGAGCUUCAAAGUGAGGAGUGGACAGAUGUUGGCCGUCAUAGGGAGCUCAGGCUGUGGGAGAGCCUCUUUGCUGGACGUGAUCACCGGGCGAGGCCACGGCGGCAAGAUUAAGUCAGGCCAAAUCUGGAUCAACGGGCAACCCAGCACACCACAGCUGGUGAGGAAGUACGUGGCCCACGUGCGCCAGCACGACCAGCUGCUCCCCAACCUGACCGUCCGUGAGACCCUGGCUUUUGUUGCCCAGCUGCGCCUGCCCAGAAACUUCUCCCAGGCCCAGCGUGACAAAAGGGUGCACGACGUGAUCGCGGAGCUGCGGCUGCGGCAAUGCGCCAACACGCGCGUGGGCAACACCUACGUGCGGGGCGUGUCGGGGGGCGAGCGGCGCAGAGUCAGCAUCGCCGUGCAGCUGCUGUGGAACCCAGGCAUCCUCAUCUUGGAUGAACCCACCUCUGGGCUCGACAGCUUCACGGCCCACAACCUGGUGAAAACCCUGUCCAGGCUGGCCAAAGGCAACAGGCUGGUGCUCAUCUCCAUCCACCAGCCCCGCUCCGAUAUCUUCAGGCUGUUCGACUUGGUCCUCUUGAUGACGUCUGGCACCACCAUCUACUUGGGGGCGGCCCAGCACAUGGUCCAGUAUUUCACGGCAGCCGGCCACCCCUGUCCUCGCUACAGCAACCCUGCCGACUACUAUGUGGACUUGACCAGCAUCGACAGGCGAAGCAACGAGCAGGAAGUGGCCACCAGGGAGAAGGCUCAGUCCCUUGCAGCCUUGUUUCAAGAAAAAGUACGUGGCUUCGAAGACUUUCUGUGGACAGCGGAGUCGAGGGAGCAGGGUGUGGGCGCCUGUGUGCAGAGCCUGGCUCCUCCGAGGGACAGCAACCCCUUACAGACUCCCACUAAGCUGCCUGGCCCCCUGCAGCAGUUUGCCACGCUGAUCCGUCGUCAGAUUUCCAACGACUUCCGAGACCUGCCAACCCUCCUCAUCCACGGGGCAGAGGCCUGCCUGAUGUCCCUCAUCAUUGGGUUCCUCUACUAUGGCCACGGAGCCAUCAGACUCUCCCUCGCGGACACCGCGGCCCUCUUGUUCAUGAUCGGAGCGCUCGUCCCUUUCAACGUGAUCCUGGAUGUCAUCGCCAAAUGCCACUCGGAAAGGGCGUUGCUUUACUAUGAGCUGGAAGACGGGCUGUACACUGUGGAGCCGUAUUUCUUUGCCAAGAUCCUAGGGGAGCUUCCGGAGCACUGUGUCUAUAUCAUCAUCUAUGGGAUGCCUACGUACUGGCUGGCCAACCUGCGCCCAGGCCCCGAGCCCUUCCUGCUGUACUUCCUGCUGGUGUGGCUGGUGGUCUUCUGCUGCAGGACCAUGGCCCUGGCCGCCGCCGCCCUGUUACCCACCUUCCACAUGUCCUCCUUCUUCGGCAACGCUGUCUACAACUCCUUCUACCUCACCGGGGGCUUCAUGAUAAGCUUGGACAACCUGUGGACAGUGCCCGCGUGGAUUUCCAAGGUGUCCUUCCUCCGAUGGUGUUUUGAAGGCCUGAUGCAAAUCCAGUUUGGUGGAAACACAUACCACUUGACAGCUGGCAAUAUCACCAUCCCUAUCCCGGGAGACAUGAUCCUCAACGCCAUGCGCCUGGGCUCGUACCCGCUCUACGCCAUCUACUUCUUCGUCAUUGGCAUCAGUGGUGGUUUUGUGGUCCUGUACUAUAUUUCCUUAAAGUUCAUAAAACAGAAAUCAAGUCAGGACUGGUGAUUCACGCCCAAACUCCUGCCUGCCAGUGGGGGACGUGAGAAGGCCCUUCAGCUGCAUUCCCUUCCUCCCAAGGAGCCCCUUCCCAGGCACAAGGAGGACCGUGAGAACACAAAGCUCAGCUGCAUCUGGCCCACAGUGCUGCAGUGGCACAGGCUGGCCACAGGAUGGCAGUAGAAUAAAGACAGUCGAAAGGGAUUUCUGAUCAGCCAGAGCUUGCGAUUACUGGGAAUGUGAAAACCAUACCUGGGGACACCUCUAAUGUCACUAAUUUAUUUCCUUUUGAUGUGUAUUUGUAUAGGCAGCUAAUAUAAGAUGGGAGCAAAUUAGCUAUGAAUCGAGUAGUUAGGCUUUGCAGAAACAAUAACAUAAUAGUGGAAUAUUUCACCUUGUCUUCCAGGGUCCCCUAACUCUGUUGAGCAGUUCUCAGUGUAGAAAAUGACCAAAAGCAUACCAGCAAGGCGCCAUCCCUUCUUUUUGUGUGAGGUGAUGGGCUCCAAAAGCCAAACUGAACAAUUAAAUAUUUAUUGAACAAU